AAUGAGAUAGAAGAGAAGGAGGAGAGAGAGAUGGUUGAUCAUUGGAACCAUGAGCAUCCACUUACUUUGGUGGAAGCUCCUGCAGGAGGAUACUGUUUUGGGUGUCUAAUGCUUUUCAGAAGAGGAGAGAAAUGUUAUACAUGUAGCCAGGAAUGUGGGUAUGAAAGGCUACUACAUGAAGACUGUGCAGAGGCGCCGAGGAAGAUCAGGCACGCAAUGCACCCUCAACACAUACUCACUCAACAUAUCAGAACUGGACCCUUGUUAAAGUGCUGUUCAAUCUGCCAAUCGUAUGUCUUGGGAAUUUUCUUCAGAUGUACGAGCGCAGAAUGUGCGUAUGUGAUACAUAUCAGAUGCGCGCAGGGCAGCGACAUGAUGUAUCCAGCUGAAGGUGACAAGCGGACCAUACACCAUCCGAGUCACCCUGAGCAUCAACUCUUGUUCCUGAGGAGAAGUUGUUCAUUCAUGUGCGAUGCUUGCGGCACCACAGGCGCCAAGGGGAGUUCCUACACAUGCACCAAUGAUGUUUGUGAGUAUUGGAUCCACGAGAGAUGUGCUUCCUUGCCUCACACCAUUGAAAGGGAAGAACACCAUCACUCCCUCUCUCUCUCUUUUCAUGUCCCUCCUCAAUAUCUCAGAUAUGACUACCAUUGUGAUGUGUGCUUAAAAAGAUUACACUCCAAAAAAUGGAUAUAUCAUUGUGAGCUUUGCAGCUACGUUGUCCAUCUCAAUUGCGCCUUCAAGAAAUUGCUCCCCACCACAAGAGAGAAAGGGAUUAUGGAGUUUCCAAUAAAUGAUGUGGCUGUGGGUGAGGACCUAAUUGGAGAUUUUCUAAGGAGACAAGGAGUUGAUACACAUACAAAUUCACUCAUCCUUGACCAUCAAGAUGAUGAUGUUGAUUAUGAGUUCCAUCAUCACAAACUCAGAUUAGUCUCAUCGUCAUCAUCAUUAUUUCAAGAAGAAGAAGAAAAUGGUGAUGAUGAGGAAGAUUACUCUUGUAGAAAAUCGGAGUUAAUAUGCAAUGGAUGCAUUACUCCGAUACUUCUGAAACAAACAUCAUCAUCAUCUUGUUCUUCAUCAUCUUCUUCUUUUUUAGGUAGUAAAGAUAACUGCUACUACUACAUGAGAUGUAGCAUCAGCUCAUGCAAAUACUAUCUUCACUUGGCGUGCUUCCAAUUGCCAACUCAGAUCUCUUCUCUUCCUCUCCUCCAUCAACAUGAGAACGAGAAUGAGAAUGAGAAUGAUCACAGCCUUGUACUUCAAUCCAGUGACAAACUUAAACCAUGGGAGUGGUCAUUUUGCAGAGUCUGUAGGAAAGUUACUAAUGGUCUGUAUUAUACCUGUGCAAAAUGUGAAGACUUCAAAGUAGAUAUAAAGUGUGUUUCAAUGCCGGACACCAUAUAUCACGCAGCUCACCCUCCACACCCCCUCAUUCUUCUCUCCCCACGAGGUGUCAAUUUAUGUGAUGGCUGUAAUGGCUUCAUUUGGUAUUAUCAAUAUGGUUAUGCAUGCGGCAGCUGUGAUUUCAUGGUGCACUUUAAAUGUGCGAUUUUGCCAGCAUCAACCACCAGCCGUAGAUGGGACAAGAACCACCCGCUGCCUUUGACGCACGACGCCACUGUAAACCGUCCCGGUGAUUUCUACUGCAAUGAAUGCGAGGAAAAAAUGAAUCCCAAACGUUGGAUGUAUCACUGCCGCAACUGCGAUAUAUCCUUCCAUCCAGAUUGCUUUUCAACUACAACCGGCUACUAUAGGAACAUCAAGUUUGGUCAAAAAUAUGUGAUCGCCGGAGCUCACUGCCACACUCUCACCUUUCAACUUCUCACUACAAAACGUCGCUGCGACGUUUGUCGUGAGGAUAGGCAUAGAGAGCAUGGAUUUUACUGUGCAUCAUGCAUCUUCUUCAUUUGUUUCGAAGCUUGCGCUGAAAAAAUGAUCAAAGAUGGCAACAUUAAGGCCGUCUACUGACAAAACAAGUUCAAUAUUUACCUUUUCUCUUGUAUACUACAAGUAGUGUUUUUAUCUUAACGUUUAU